UGAGUAAUAUCGGUUAUCAUUCAAGCAUUGUCAAGUGCCUGAUUCUUCAGUAUCACUGGUUCUUCAACACUGAAGAAGAGGAAGCAUCUGAUAUCGAAUAUCAAGAAGAGCUUCUAGAUCUCGAUAUUGAAGUUAGUGAACCGGAGGGCGAAACUGAUGGACUUCAAGAAAACAACAUUUCGGUGGAUGAUACAUCCUCAUUUGAUAAUCGUUCUGCGAUUUCAGAGAGUUACGCUCCAUGGCCAUCGUCGGAACCUGUUUACGGGACGACUUUUGAUGAAGCUAGAAGAAGUUUAUCAGAGGAGCCUGUUGAUCAAAUCCUUGAAGAUCACCUAGAAGAACAUUCAGAGACCGAAAUGAAUUCACAACAGAUUCCACUAAUACAUGUCCAUGAAGAAACUCGGUUGAGGGAAACUGUUCUGACCGAUGUUACAGAAGAAUCGGAGGAGGAAUCAUCUGAAUCACCAAGGCACUUUUCAGAAACCGAAGUUAAGUCACAUCAGGAAUCCGAUCUUCUGUUUACGCAAAUUCGAGAGGAAAGUCAGUUGAAUAAUGAAAUAGUUCUAAAAAAUAUUGUGGAGGAAUCGCCUGA